UUCGGCGGCAUGGGCUCGCGUUUGGGACUAGAUCGCCCACUAGCCCACAUGGCCCCUUCCGGGUAAUUUUAAGAGUGCAGGACGGAGUUCGCGAUCUGCCCCGCCGUGUCCCGGGAAGGAUAAGAUGAAGUGUGUACUAAUUAGCAGUGAGGGUGCGGAAGUCCUCUUCUACUGGGCUGACCCAGAUUUCAUGGCAAUCCUGCAGGAGCGCUUUGGAGGCCAUGAUCCAAGUGGCACUGAGACCCCUGCAUUGGAGGACAGCAUCAACACAUUGUUCGCUCCCAUUAUCAUCUCCUGUGCAACUAUGCUGGAGAAGCUCGGGGACACAUACACUUGCUUCUCUGCUGAAAAUGGCAAGCACCUCUACGUGUUACAUAUGUUUGGCGAGUGCCUCUAUAUUGCGGUGAAUGGUGAUGGCUCCGAGAGCGAGGAUGACUUGCGGCGUAAACUCUACGUGCUCAGGAGACUGGCUGAGGCUCAUUUCGGCCUGGUUACACUUGACAGCCACCUCCUCCACAGGGAGCUGCGCCCGGUGGAUUCUGAACAACGCGCUCACACCUGGGGACUGUUUCAGAGCCUGCUGCAAACCUAUAGCCAGCUGCACCAGGAGGACCAAAGCUUUGCUGUUGAGGCCGUGGAACGACUGAUCCACCCACAGCUCUGUGAACAGUGCAUCGAGUUCCUGGAACGGCACGUUGUGCAGCACAUCAACGGCAGCACGGAGCGUGGUGGGCAUGAAGUUGUGCAUGCCUUCCUGCUCGUGCACACCAAGCUCCUGGCCUUCUACUCCAGCCGGAAUGCCAGCGCUCUGCGGCCCGCCGACCUGCUCACCCUGCUCCUGCUCGUGCAAGAUCUGUAUCCCAGCACCUCCUCUGAGGAGCAGCCUGUCCCACAGUCUACAGAGGGUGAGCCAAGCCUUCAGAAGCCGCAAAGCAGCCAGAGUAUUCCAGUGAACAGCCCGGGUGCCCAUGGAUCUUCUCAAGAGCAGGUAGCAGAUGACCUCUCUAUGUCUGAGGAGUUCUACACCCCCAAGGCUUCCCCUAGCCAGGAGAGCACAGGAAGCGCUGCCUGGGCCGAGGGUGUGGAGUCACAGGGCGAGGGGGACACAAGUUCUGCCGACAUCCAGAUGGCUGAGGAUUCACUGCAGGCUCUGGUGCCUCCCACCUCAGGGGCUACCAACCCACGGAGAGUUUUCUUGGAUGCCAACCUGAAAGAAGGCUACUGUCCCAUGAUGCCCCACACCAUGCACUGUCUCCCCCUCUGGCCAGGGAUCUCGCUGGUGCUCCUCGCUAAGGGCCCCAAUUCCCAUGUGGCGCUUUCCCUCUACCAGCUGUUAGAUGGGCUUCUGGUGCUGGAGAAGAAACUGCGAGAUGGGCAGGAGAACAGGCAGCCGCUGCGCUCUCAGCCACUCUUGUUGGAAUUCCGGCACCGAAUGGACAAGUUUGUCAAGAAGCUGAGUGGGCAAGAAUCCCAGUUACAGAAUGCCUGGCUGGAAUUCAAGAACAAAGUGUGCUCUCGAAGUGAAACUGGGAAUUCAUGGGAGCUUCUGCAGGCGUUUGGCAGCCUCCGGCGACAACUCUGUGCGGUAUAUCGGCUUCUCUUUCUUGGAUCCUCUGGCACCCCAGGCUUGCCUCAGAGCAUGCUAGAUCGGGCACAGCAGUUCACGCGGGACAAGCUUCAAGACUGGAGGGACUUCCUGCUGGUGAAAAGCAAGCGUAAUGUCACCAUGGUGUCAUACCUGGAGGAUUUCCCAGGACUUGUGCAUUUCAUCUACGUGGACCGCUCUGUGGGCCAGAUGGUGGCUCCAUCCCUUGGCAUGGCAGAGGAUGUUACAUCAGAACUUGGCAAGGGGCCUCUGCCUGCCUUCAUCAAGGAGAAGGUGUGGUCUCUGAUAGCGUUGGCUCGAAGCUACUUGCAGAAGGGCUACACCACACUGACAGUCCGGGAUGGAGACUACUAUUGCACCUACUUUCUUUGGUUCGAGAAUGAGCUGGGUUACAAGCUGGAAGUUACGGAUGUGCCGAUACUUUCUGAUGAUUCAGCCCCCAUUGGAAUGCUGGCAGGUGACUAUUACAGGAAGCUGCUCCGUUACUACAGCAAGAGCCGGACGAAUGAAGUGGUGAAAUGCUAUGAGCUGCUGACCAUCCACCUGGGCAUCAUGCCAACGGAGCUUGUGAUUCAGCAGGCACGUGACUUGGCCCGGCAACUAUGGGAGCCGACCCGUAUCCCCCUGCUUUAGCGACCUUGUUUGCUGCCUCAGUUUAAUGUGGGGGUUUCCUCCCCCUUUCUGGAUUCAGCUGCACCUUGGAUCUCUGCUACCAUUCCUUCGUUAGGGUCAGGCCUGGCUUGGUUGUCCGCUUUGCCUAAUCUGCACUCUUCAGAGCAGGCUGACACGGCUGCUUUUGUCCUCACCAUGCAGGAUCAAACCCUCGCUCCAAAGCUUAAUCAGACCUUAGGCCAGACUGCUUUCUUUCAAGGCAGAGAGUUGUGUAAACGCCCGUCCUUUCUCAUGCACACACCUGUGCAGCCUUCUCCAUUUGUGGGGGGAAGGCUCUUCAACCAGAACAACGCUGUGCCUUGACGGAUCGACUCCUCCGGCCUCGGACACACACAGUCAAUUCGCCACCAAAGUGAGCAGGGUGUUUCUUGGGGCCAUGACACAAAGGAAGGGUUGUGAGAAUUGGUUCUCGCUGCUGCUGCCUGGCUGGUCUUACCAGCAUCGAGCUCGCCCUGCAGUUGGACACUUGGCUGGUUGUGCUGCCCUUAUGAAAUCUCAUCUGCCCAUGAUGGAGUGUAUGGGGGUGACGGUGAGGAGAUUCUCUGUUCAACUGCCUGCUGUUAGAAGGUGGUUGCAGCUGAGUAAUUCUAUAGCACCGGGGUUGGCAAAGCACCUAAAGGAUCACAGCUGCUGUUAUCCCUUGCCAUAAGCCAACACUGGUGGAAGGUUGUAGGCCAAAACAUUUGAACAGCUACAUGUUGAUCACUCCGAAAGCUGUGGCCAGACACAAAGAGUUAAGGACAGGAAAGGACUCGGGCAUUUUCCUUUCCAAAAAUGGUUUUGGGUUUCUAGUGCAGGAUCUUAAGUCAGAGUGGCUUUGCACAUGUACUUCUGAGACUAAAGUUUGGUAAAUGAAAAGCAUUCCAUCACAGAAAUGCAGCCGAGUGCCUAUUUCAAGUUAGAAUCACCCUCGAGAUUCGUGUGGUAAGUGCACAUAGGCAUAGUUGGAAGCAUCCAGCAUAACUGAAUACAUGGACUUUAUCCAUGGUGAGCAUUGCAUAUUAAGUCAACCCUCGUGCAAGCUGCAGGUUAGAAAUUGACUUGUAAGUUAAUCUUUAGAAAUGUAUUUAAAAGCAAAGUAAAAAGGUGUGAGGUUCUGUGCAUGGAUUAAAUAGUAAUCUAAAAAAAAAUAACAUCAGGUUCAUGAUUCUUUUCCUUACUUGGCAAUGUAUAUCUCAGAUACAAUGCAUAUUCAAUGGCAAAAAGUUCACAAACUUGUAUAUCUGUGAAAAAUUGUAAUUUUUAAUAAAAUAAUGUGAAGGAGAA